CGAAUGUGUUGAUUAAUUCUCUAUAAGAGCAGCUCGAUAAACCAUUUAUGCAGGUUUCUAUAGCAACAGCUUGUUCACGUGGACGUGAUUAAGGUCGCGUGUGAUUGAUGCUAUGGUAAAGAAAGAAGAAGUUUAGGAAAGGAGUCAACGCAGAGUUAGUGCACUACUGUGUAGGGAGGAAGAGUUGAUUUGAAACACACACACACACACACACACACACACGUUCACUUCUAGACUGGAGAUAAACACGAGGCUGGUGGUGUGAGAUGAUGUUCCUCAGAGUGGCUGUGGGAAGAACCAGAACCAGAGUGUUUGGGUUCUGCUCCAGGCUCAGGAUGACUCUUCUGAACGCUCAGGACGUUUCAGCUAAGAGCUGUUGGAGUUGGUGUGAGAACCGGCAUGAGCUGAGGUGGGACCUGAGCCCGGAGCAGAUCCGGCAGCGGACGGAGAAGCUGAUGCAGCGGAUGAAGCAUGCGUAUGACCUGGUGGCGGCGGUGGACGUGGAGAAAGUGUGUUAUGAGAACACGCUACAGGUUCUAGCAGAGGCAAAGCUGGAUUAUGCUGCGUCCCGGCACAUGCUGGACUUCCCUCAGUACGUCUCUCCGUGUAAAGACGUCCGAUCUGCGAGCACAGAGGCAGACAAACGCCUGUCCGAGUUUGAUGUAGAGAUGAGUAUGAGAUCGGACGUGUUCCACCGACUCAUAGCGCUGCAGGAGAGACAGUGUUCUGAUUUGUUCCCUGAGUCCAGGAGGUUUAUGGAGCGACUGAUUAAACUUGGAAGGAGAAACGGACUGCAUCUGUCUGCUGAUGUGCAGGAGGAGAUCAAAGCACUUUCUAAAAGAAUAAGUGAACUUUCAAUAGACUUCAACCAGAAUGUGAAUGAAGAAAACACGGUGCUGAUGUUCUCCUUAGAAGAACUGGGUGGUCUGGCAGAGAGUUAUUUAAACGGGUUGGAGAGGGCGGAGGACGGGCGGUACAAGGUGACACUGGCCUACCCACACUAUUUCCCUCUGAUGAAGAGAUGUCAUGUUCCAGAGACCAGGAGAAAAAUGGAGGUGGCUUUUCACAGCAGGUGUAAAGAGGUGAACACAGAAAUCCUCGAACAGCUGAUUGAGUUGCGUUCGAAGACGGCUAAGCUCCUGGGCUUUAGCAGUCAUGCUAACUAUGUUCUGGAGUUGAACAUGGCCAAGAACUGGAGCACUGUGUCUCACUUCCUGGAUGAGCUGUAUGAGAAGUUGAAGCUGGUGGGUCAGAAGGAGCGUCAGUUCCUCCUCACACUGAAACAGGCCGAGUGUCAGAGGCGGGGCCUGGACUUUGAUGGACAGCUGCACAUGUGGGAUUUGCCAUACUACAUGAACCAGGUGGAGCAGGUGAAGUUUGCGGUGGAUAAGGACAAGCUGAUCGAAUAUUUCCCUCUGGAGGUGGUGACUGAGGGUCUGCUGGGGAUCUGCCAGGACCUCAUGGGUCUUUGCUUCCAUCAAAUCCAAAACCCUCACGUGUGGCACGAGAGUGUGAAGCUCUACAGCAUACUGGACUCCACCACGGGCGAGGAGGUCGGACGCUUUUAUCUAGACCUGUAUCCCAGAGAAGGGAAGUACGGUCACGCGGCGUGUUUCGGCCUGCAGCCCGGCUGUCUCGGUCCGGACAGGAAGCGCAUGAUCCCCGUGGCAGCCAUGGUGGCCAACUUCACCAAACCCUCACGUAACUGGCCGUCUCUACUGCAGCACCAUGAAGUGGAGACCUUCUUCCACGAGUUUGGUCAUGUGUUGCACGAGCUUUGCUCCAGGACUCGCUAUGCAGAGUUCAGUGGCAUGUUGGUGGAGACAGACUUUGUAGAGGUUCCUUCUCAGAUGCUGGAGAACUGGGUGUGGGAGAAGGAGCCGCUCAGGAGGAUGUCUCGCCAUUACAUAGAUGGGAGCUCCAUCCCCCCCAACCUGCUGGAUAAACUUAUCACCUCCAGAGUGGCCAACACUGGUCUGAUGAACCUCAGACAGAUCAUGCUCAGUAAAGUGGACCAGGCGUUCCACACCAGGUCUUCUGCUGACACUGCAGCGGAGUUCUCCAAAUACUGCAAAGAGAUUUUGGGAAUUCCGGCUACACAGGGUACAAACAUGAUGGCGAGUUUCAGUCACCUGACUGGAGGAUAUGAUGCUCAGUACUACAGCUACCUGUGGAGUGAAGUUUACUCCUCCGACAUCUUCUACACCUGCUUCAAACACAACACCAUCAACCCUGAGGUAGGUAAGGAGUACAGGAGAGUGGUUCUGGAGGCUGGUGGAUCAGUGGAUGGGACGGAGAUACUGAGAAGGAUUCUGGGUCGUGAGCCGCGCCAGGACUCUUUCUUACGGUGUAAAGGACUCGCAGAUCAGAAUAAUAUUUACAUAUAAUGUUUACUACAUCACAUUAUUAUUGUUGUUAUUAUUAUUAUUAUUAUUGUAAUAGUCUCAGAUCCGAGUUUCUGUAAAGGAAAUAAAGCACUUCAGAGUCUGGUAUUAAA